AUGGCAGACGGUAUAUCUGGUGGUGAAAAUCUCAAAAACAUAUGCGUACGCUGCAAAAAAACUGUUGGUACAGGCAUAAAAUGCGUAAAUUGUGGUACCCUCUCCCACAAAUGCUGUUUAAAAUUAUUAAAGAAUGUUAAGUUUCUAGAUAAUUUAAAUUGUAUAUGUUGUUCAUCAGACGAUCAUAACAAAGAAGAAUCAGUUGCAAUUAACGAUGUUUCGGUAACAGACAAAAUCACUAUUAAAUAUCUGGAAGAGCUAAUUAAACAAAAAGAAAUUAUAAUAAACACGCAGGAAAUCGCAAUUAAAAAUCAGGAUAUAGCUAUCCAAUGCUUAAAUGAUCAAAUUUUACACCUAAAAAAUAUUACAUCGAAUACAAGUAGUCUACAAUUAAAUUUAGAUGUGCCAACAUACUCAAGAGCUGUGGAAAAGUCCUCCUCAGUCUGUAAUAAAACAGAUUUUUCAGUAACGGGUAAAAAUUCUGCCACGAACCAGAAAGCAAUUACUAGAGAAACCCUAUCAAAUGCCGUUCUCAAUACAAAAAGCAGACAAGUCUGUCAAGAUUUGAUAAAUAUCACGAGAGGUAAGUCUCAGGAUGAAAUACCUAAACAUAACGCAAGAAGCCUACUCAAAGGAAGCAAUGGAAAUACAACAGAGUGCCCGUUUAAAGCAGCAUUUGCCUAUUCAAACACUGAAAGACAAUAUCAUGCGACCAAUUUUGAACCUGAUGUAGAUCUAUUAGAAUUGACAAAUUAUCUCAAAAUUUACGCUCCUAAUGUUAUAGUUGAAAAACUUAACUCUCGCCAGCCUACAUUAUAUGCGUCAUUUAAAGUAUCAGUGCCGGCAAAUGAAGCAGACAGCAUACUUAAAAGCGAAAUAUGGCCAGACAACAGCAAGCACCUCUCCGUAACUGUACCAGUUCCUUCAAUGAAAAGUAGUGUCAAUACCGGCAGUCAUAAUAUAAAUAUUACUGAAACUUACAAUAAUCCUCAGCAGAGUAAUGAAAAUACCGAUGUCCAUGCAGGUCCGAGUAGCUCGACAAAUGAAGAAAAAAAUAUAAAUCUUAAAAGAAAGAGGAAUAAUUCCGGUCAACUACAAAUAUCAUCGUUUGUAUCGAGACCACUUGUUUUAAACCGUAAGGAAUGUAUCGAUGGUAAAUUGGUUUCACUUUUUACAAAAAGAUUUCAUCCGUUUAGACUGGUGGAAGAAACUGCUUUUAAAAAUGUUGUUAACGCCUUAAACCCCAAUUAUGAGUUGCCAAGCAGGCAUAUGAUUUCCCACACUAUGAUACCCGCUAUGUAUGAGAAAUCAGUUACAGCUCAUUACAUAGACGAUAACUUUGUAAUGAAGUCAGUUCUUUUGGAAUGCUCCAAUACUACUGAUCAACAUACAUCAGAAAAUUUGGUCAAAGAACUUCAAAGAAUUGUGUCGGAUUGGGGAGUUCAUGAUAAAAUAUUAUUAGCUGUAUUAGACAAUGCAGCAAACAUAAAAAAUGCGAUCGAUACCAAAUUAAAAUGGAAGCAUCUUGGUUGUGUAGCUCACACAAUUAACUUAAUAGUAAAGGAUGGCUUAAAUUGUGAUGAGACAGUAACAGCUACAAUCGGAAAAGUAAAAUCAAUCGUUGCUUUUUUUAGAAGAAGUACUAUAUCUAAUCAAAAGCUGCUAACUUAUCAAAAAAACCAAGGUAAUAACAAUCCAUUAAAGCUUAUCCAAGACACUUCAACAAGAUGGAAUAGUACAUACUACAUGUUAACUAGAUUUGUACAACUGGAAGAUGCAGUUAAAACAACAGUUGCUUUAAUUAUUGCUAAACUUUCUGUUCUAAGUCAAAAUGAAUGGCAAUUAAUAAAAGAACUUUGUCAAAUUCUAAAACCAUUUGAAUCGGUAACAAAAACAUUUAGUGGCCAAUCAUAUGAAACAGAUCUAUUGUUAUACCCAUUGUAA